AUGAAUUCCUCUCCUCCCCUCUUCUUGCUACACGAACACAAGACUAAAAAUAAUAGUGAUUUAGUGAUAGAAGUCGUACUAACUGACCAAUAUCUAUCUAUCUAUCUAUCUAUCUAUCUAUCUAUCUAUCUAUCUAUCUAUCUAUAUGCCUUCAUAUCUAUCUAUCUCUUUAUAUUAGGUUGGUGCAAAAAUAAUGACGUAAUAAUGUCGUUUUUUACGUUAAAAAAUACGUCAAAAACGACAUUAUUACGUCAUUAUUUUUGCAUCAACCUAAUAUAUAUGCCUUCAUAUGUAUGUAUGUAUCUAUCUAUCUAUCUAUCUAUCUAUCUAUCUAUCUAUCUAUCUAUCUAUCUAUAUGCCUUCAUAUCUAUCUAUCUAUCUAUCUAUCUAUCUAUCUAUCUAUCUAUCUCCGAUUUCCGUCCAAUAUUAUCCCACCCUUUACUUCAGUCAACUUCGAGGGGUCGAUAUGCCAUAAACCAAUUUAUUCACAUCUAUCUAUCUAUAUAUCUAUCUAUCUAUCACAGUUUAUUCAUAUCUAUCUAUCUAUCUAUCUAUCUAUCUAUCUCAUUUUAUUCAUAUCUAUCUAUCUAUCUAUCUCAUUUUAUUCAUAUCUAUCCAUCUACUAUCUAUCUAUCUAUCUAUCUAUCCCAGUUUGUUCAUAUCUAUCUAUCUAUCUAUCUUAUUUUAUUCAUAUCUAUCUAUCUAUCUAUCUAUCUAUUACAUUUAGCGAGAUGA